CUUUCUAGGGCUUCAACUUAUUUAGAUCCACUUCUCAUUUCAAGCCGUCGCAUAGCAAAAUUUCCACUUUUUCUGUCCGAAGGUAAAGCUCGACCCUUCAAGAAAUGGCGACUGUACCUGGGCAGCUGAUAUGGGAGAUUGUUAGGAAGAACAACUCAUUUUUGGUGAAGCAGUUUGGAAAUGGGACUGCUAGCGUUAAGUUCAGCAAGGAACCCAACAAUCUCUACAACGUGCACUCUUACAAGCACUCUGGGUUGGCAAACAAGAAAACUGUGACCAUUCAACCUGGCAAGGAUCAGUCAGUGCUGUUUGCAACAACAAAAACCAAGAAACAGAACAAGCCAUCAAGCCUGCUUCACAAGUCUCUAUUGAAAAAAGAAUUCAACCGCAUGGCAAAGGCUGUUACAAAUCAGGUGGCUGACAACAAUUACAGGCCUGAUUUGAAGAAGGCGGCCCUUGCACGAUUAAGCAGGGUUCACAGAAGCCUCAAGGUCUCGAAAUCUGGUGUCAAGAAGAGGAACAGGCAAACUGCUUAUUAGGCUUUGGGUUAGUUAAAGCAGUAGAUGGGUUACUUGAACUUCGUAUCUUAUGUUGGUUUGUGCAAAACUAUAUUAAUUCAAAAGUGUUUUGGAGUUGUCGUUUAUAUUGAGUUUUGUCGUUUGUUAGAGUUGAAUGAUUUUCUACCUUAUUUAAUAGAUCUGAGUUUUUAUAUUAAAUUAGUCCCUAGCCUGGAUUCUGGUACUUGGUGUAUCAAGAAAUGUGGUGCAUGUUUGAUUUAUAUAGGUAAAUUUAAACAAGCAUUGCUAUAUUUUUUGAACACAUGUAUCCAAGGGGUCAUUAACUUCGUCUUUGAUAUA